AAAAGACUAAUAAAGCCACAAAAGUAGUUGUACUCAUAUAUUGGUCAUCUUUCUUGAAGAGCAGCAGUGAGUGAAGGAAGAGUUGGUCCUGUAGACCGUAGCCGUAGAGAGGAAGGAACACCUGGCAUUGCAUUUUGGACACAGGCUGCCUGGAUUGGUCAGAACUCGUCUUCAUCAUGAUCACCAUCAUCACUCUGCUCCUGUUGGGAUCUCUGGUGUCAAACCUGAGCUUCACUGCCAGUGUGAAUGUGCGUAUAGUGAAUGGCAAUGAAGCAACAGCUCACUCCAGACCUUACAUGGUUUCUGUUCAGAGGAAUAGGAGACACGUUUGUGGAGGAUUCCUCAUUUCUGAUCAGUUUGUCUUGACUGCUGCACAUUGCAGAAAUAACAACGAGAUUCUAACAGUUGUGGCAGGUGCAAAUAAAUUAAGCAUAUUGAAAACACGCCGUAGUGUUAGUUCCUAUAACAAGCAUCCAGAAUACAACACCGAUCCACGGACACCUGACAUAGCCGAUCUGAUGAUUCUGAAGCUGAAUAAAAAAGUCGAACUAAACAACAAGAUCAAGACAAUCCCCAUACCAACAACACCUGUGAAUAUCAGUGUGGGCACUGCUUGCAGUGUUGCCGGCUGGGGAUCUGUGGAAAAUGGCGGUCCUGCAAGUCCAACCCUCAGGGAGGCAAACGUGAAGAUUAUGGAUGACACAAUCUGUGCUCAAUGGGGACAAAGAUUUGUAGCUCCACAGAUGAUGUGUGUGUAUGGCCGUGGAGGAGCCUGUGAGGGGGACUUAGGAGGUCCUUUGGUUUGUGACAACACUGCAGUGGCCGUUGCAUCCUUUGUACGUGACAACAGCUGCAACAAUGCUUAUCAGCAUAAUGUUUAUACAAACAUUUCUGCAUUUCUUCCAUGGAUUCAGAGCAUAUUACCACCUAAAUGAAUUCUGCAUACUAAAGGAUUGAAAUGCUUGCUUUUAUUUCUUAUAUCUUUCCAAACUGUCUUCUUUAAACAACCUAUUAAACUAAUUUACAACUGCACUGUACUCAUCACAAACUAUGCUCUAUGCAUUAUGUUUUUGUGGUCAUUCAUGUGUUUAAUGGUUGAAUUUAUGAUUUUUUCACAAACUGAUUUCAAAUAAAGCAUUGAGCAUCAAGCAUCAAUAA